AUGCGCUUCUCAACCAUUCUCGGCACGGUAUUGCUUGCAGCGCCUAUCCAGGCAGCGAAGCUAUUAAUUUGUUCUGAUAGCACGACGGCAAACUAUGCCACUGGAAAUGCCCUACAGGGCUGGGGCUUUUACAUCCAAGACUAUACAACCUUGACGGUUUCGAACCUUGCCAAAAAUGGCCGCUCGACCAGGUCCUUUAUCAACGAAGGCCUAUGGAAAGACUUGUUGUCAAAGACAGCGUCAGGAGAUUUUGUGGUUAUUGAGAUGGGCCACAACGAUGACGGGGAUCCCACUGCAUCUGACCGCGCCACCCUGCCCGGUACUGGCGAAGAAACUGUCACUGUUACCACGACCACAGGCAGUAAAGAGGUCGUUCAUACAUUUGGCUGGUAUUUGCGCAAGAUGAUCGCUGACGUCAAGGCCAAGGGAGCAACGCCUAUUCUCUCCGGUAUGGUCAACCGCAACUACUGGACGGGCAACACACUGCAAUCAAAAUGGCCCUUUGCGGACUAUGCUGAGGCUGUGGCCAAAGCCGCUGGAGUCGAAUACAUCAAUCACACAAACUAUUCCGUGGCUUUGUUCCAGGCGAUGGGACCUACGAAGGCCAAAACCUACUACCCUAACGAUAACACGCAUACCAACUGGGAUGGAGCCAAAUUGAACACACAGACCUUUGUUCAAGCUGUCAAGUAUAAGUGUGGCAGGACUAGUGUGCUUAAGAAGUAUGUUAAUGCGGCUGGUAACGCUAUCAAGAGCCCAGCUCAACAGUCAUGCUAG